GAGUAAAUCGCCCAACCAAACAAUGGACAAAGGUAAAAGACAACGUUCAAAGAAUUUCAGUGACUUUGAAAGGACCCUUUUGAAGCAAAUUGUGUCAAACCACCAAAUUAUUGAGAACAAAGAGCAUGAUUCAGCAACAGAAAACAAGAAAAAGACUGCUUGGACUUCAAUUUGCAAUGAAUUUAACUCAAAUGAAAAAGUAAGCAACAGGACACCUCAGCAACUUCAGAUCCUGUGGAAAAACAUAAAAAUAAACUUAAAGAAGACAAAUGCUGUUGCACGUAGGGAGCCUUUCAAGGCUGGUGGUGGACCCCCAGAAAGGCCGGAGACCGAUGACCUAGGAGACUUGUUGACUUCGAUCAUUGAUAGCCAGCAGCCCCUGGAAGAUGAUCACCAGAGCUUGGAGGUCCUGAGACAGGAUGAAAGUCAGCCCAUUACAGCUGCAGCAGCCUGGAGAGAAGAUGGUGUCACUAAUUCUGGCCAGAUGAGAAGGACCAAGAGGCUGACCAUGCACGAGAAACUGGCCAUGGAAUUCCAUGAGCACAAAUUAACGUAUUUAAAAGAUAAACAUGAAAUGAAGAUGAAAAUAUUUCAUGUUGAGUUAGCCAUGAAGGAGGAAGAGAGAAACAUGAAGCAGCAGCAGUAUCAAUGUUCUACUGAAACCAGCACCAGUUCAGGGUCACGAUAUCUCAAUUUGUGA